AUGCUGAAGUUUGUACAUCUAUGAAAAUUUGAUUCCCGGUUUUCAGGUUAGUUACUAUAAGUGGCAUUUUUGUAUUUAUAUCGUAAUAAUGACUAUAGUAACUUAGAUUUCAGUCGUUGAAGUUAAAGUCGUCGUUAGUAUUGAGUUCUUUAUUAUUUAUUUUUGUGAAAAAUAAGUAUUCUUUCAAUGAAAAAAUGUUUAAAAGAAAACUGACAGCAUUAGAUUAUCAUACGUCUGACAAUUUUGACGUAAAUGAUGAUGAUCAGUACCGCAACUUGGUGAUUUGGCUGGAGGACCAGAAGAUACGGCACUACAAAAUUGAAGACCGGCAGAAACUACGAGACACCAAAUCAUCAGACUGGGUCAAAGGCUACAAGACCUAUCUCAAAGACCUUGCUUGCCCUGUGCAGACGGAGAAGAGGGCCGAACAACUGCAAUGGCUGUUGUCAUUUGCUGUGCGACUUGAGUAUGCUGAUAAUGUGGACAAAUACAAGAACCAGACAUCGGAGAAGAUUGCGAAGUCAGAAUCUCAUACACCAAAAGUUGUCUCUACAAAUCCAUUGGACAAUCUUGAUUUUGACAGUGCAGACUUCAAGAAGGGGGUGAACACACUUGCGCAGCUGCUGAGUGUGACACGCCACCCAGACCACCUCAUCACGUUGCGGGCGGUCAGCAAGGUGGUAUGCCGGCGGCUGUCCGCAGAAGCCCUUGAGAACCCAGACUCCGUUAUAGUUAAGGGAAAGCCAUUUCCAUUUCAAGAUGCUGACUUAGGCUUUGACAUGGGCGACUACGUACUGAAUCAGGCAGCCAAAAUUUUGAGACUACUCUACAUUCACGACUUGCGAGACCUGCAGACACGCAUCAAUGAGUGCAUAGUUGCAGUUCAGGGAAUAACUGCAAAUCCUAAAACUGAUACCAAACUUGGGAAAGUUGGGUUUUAGCUGCAAAAUUGUGAUACCCAAAUACUUUCAAGUCAUAUUCCACCUUGAAGUAGUAAAUUCAUCUUGCAUGCUUGUUUUAACUUUUCUUUCACAGAUUCCACCUAUCAACAAUUUUUGCUACACUUAGUAUUUCAUUUAAAUUUCAUAUACUUGUCAAAACAAAUCUUGUACAAACAUUGUAACACUAAAUAAAGUAUGAAAUUAC